AUAACAUACAAUACAUUAUGAAUGCAUUGAAUGAAUGCAUAACUAUUGCGAACACAAAGCAUAUUACAGUCACAACAGACACAACACAAGCACUUCUGUGGCCAACGAUUGACACAUCACUCCCGCGGAAGGCAUCCACACGAGACACACGCCCCGCAUAGACACGCCAACCAACUUACCAGUGACUGCAUUACCAUCGCAGUCGACCGCACCAUCACGAGACACACGCAGUGACUGACACGCCAAGAAUACCCGACCAUCGAUAGCGUGGAUCCGUUUGACAGUUGCAUCAGUGGUCUCACCUCAAGAGCCGGAAGCGUUUGCGUCGAGUGCGACAAACGGCCGCCCAUUACGACCAAUCGAUUGGUGUUGUCGUCGAUCUCUUGCAUAUGAUUAUGCGUCAGACAUCAUCACCACUGCAUUUGAUCCGUGUAUUAUAGCUAAUGCGAUGGCAGAUCGACGUAAAUUACAAGCCCCGUGGCGGUCACCCCCGAGGGGGCCCACCAUUCUCAGACAUCAUCACCACUGCAUUUGAUCCGUGUAUUAUAGCUAAUGCGAUGGCAGAUCGACGUAAAUUACAAGGUUUGCCACCCGUUGACAGCCCCGUGGCGGUCACCCCCGAGGGGGCCCACCAUUCGUGCGAACGCACUCAUGCGAGCAAUCAAUCGUUUGUUGUGUUUUCGUUUCCACUCCAAGAGUUUUAUCACUUCUUCUCUCAGAUCGAGAGAUGCAUGAAGAAGGUGGCGGAAGGGGUGGAGACCUUCGAAGACAUCUGGCAGAAGGUGCACAACGCCAACAACAGCAACCAGAAGGAGAAAUACGAGGCCGACCUCAAGAAGGAGAUUAAGAAACUACAGGUUUGUGUCACCCAUUCGGUGCCAGUUAUGCCGUNGGUGGAGAGGGAGACGAAGACAAAGGCCUACUCGAAGGAGGGGUUGGGCGCCGCCCAGAAGUUAGACCCCGCGCAGAGGGAACGGGAUGACAUGAACAACUGGUUGUCCGUAUCCAUCGACCAACUGAACAUACAGUUGGAUCAGUUCGAGUCGGAGUCGGAAGCGCUGCAGUUGGCGCAGAAGAAGAGCAAAAAGGAUCGCGAGAAACAGGACCGCAUCGAUGAGCUGAAGGGGUGGGUCGAGAAGCACAGGUAUCACAUCAAACAGUUGGAGACACUGAUGCGGAUGUUGGACAACGAGACCGUAGAAGUGGAUCAGAUAAAGAAGAUUAAGGACGACGUCGAGUACUACAUCGAGUCGUGUCAAGAGCCCGACUUCGAGGACAAUGAGUUCAUAUACGAAGACCUGGACUUAGAAGACAUGAAUCAGUUCCUGAUAGCGGAGCAGACGAGAGCCAACCACACGGCGUCCUUCGAUAGCGGGACGACGAAGAACUCGAACGCGACGGGCGAUGACGACGGCUCGCUCUCCAUCCGGUCGAACAGCCCGUUGUCGACCACCUCAUCGCCGGCUCCCAGUCCUGGACUCACCAACCAUUCCAAGACAUCCCUGGAGAACAACGCGACGACCAACUCGUCCUCCUGUUUGAGUACAACUGUUGUCAACAACAACAACGCCUGCAAUAACUCAGUGGUGAACAACACGUGUCAGACAUCGUCAUCGGCGUCAUCGCUGUCCGGCCUGUCGUCGGCACCACAACCGCAGACACCGCUCGUGAAGCCGCAGCCCGUCUGGUCCUCUCAACCAUCCAUCAGUAGCUCAACCAGUUCUACAUCAUCGACCACCUCAUCCACCAGCAAAGCGCCGGUACCUCACACGGGGACCACCGCUACGGCCGUGACCACCGCCGUGACGACGAGUGCGGCGAUGACUCCCAGCCGUGACAGUAGCUCGUCGUCGAGCAGUAGUAGCAGUCCGUCGAUGAAUGCGUUGUUGAACCACAACCUCACGAGUGGGACGACGCCCUACGCGUUGGCUGUCGGCGCCAUCAACACCGGCGCCGCCAACCCCUCGUCCAACACAUCACUUAUGAAUCGAAUGAAUCAAAUGCAACAACACUUGGAUAACAAUGUGAUGAGUCAGCAGAUGAAGGGCUCGGACGUGAGCGCCGACACACUCCUUAUGAACCGAUAUAUGAAUAGUUCGCCGAAUUCACUGCAAACACAACAGACUAUUACUUCUCCAAACAUUAUGUCCGCGAGUCCUAUGGGUCUGAGCGGUGACUCCAUAUCACAGCUGUAUAGUGUGGCCGCAGCCGUUACCACCGCAUCCCUGUCCUCAUCGACGGUGUCCGCCAGUCCCUGGAAUACAGGUGUUGUGAGUGCGCGACCGCAGCAGCAGUUCUCUCAGCCGCAGCCGGUCUUAAUGAACGGUCCAGUGAUUGGCCACAAGAAUGUGACACAACAGCAACAACAGCAACAGCUGUCGAGCCUGGAGUCGGACCAACAGCCCCUUUCGUCAUUGAAAUCAAUAGCACAACAAGCAGUCGACCGACUCGAAGAUCACAUCACUAACAGUCAUAGUCAUAGCCAUAGCGAACAGUCCUCACAAUCUCUUUACGAUCAGUCGGUCAACUCUCUACUGAACAGCACUUCAUUACUUCGAGACAACAACUCUAUCAACGCUUCGACCACUUCUGCGAUGUUUGGACUCUUGAGUGCCUCGUCGAAGGCUUUAGUGAACCCCCAGCAGACGUCACAGUCGGCGUCCAUUGUCACCACUUCAGGCCUGCCUUUGUCAUCAUCGGGACCCCAACGCUCGUCAACUCCCGGCACCGGUAAUCAAACAAAUGAGGCUAACGUUCCGCCGUUAUUAGGUGUGGCCCCGUUAGGGCCCGUCAGUCUCACCAAACAGUGCUACUAUCAGCUCCAUAUGCUUGAGGCCGCCUCCAGACAUCCAAUACAUCCCAUGGACUCACAAAGGCUUAGUGCUAAUGAUUGGCUCGUUUGUAGGCCUUAUCUGCCACCGAAUCCAUGUCCGGUCCCGACUUAUUACCCGCAACAAUGCCUGCCUCACAGCGAUUCCAUCGAAUUCUUCCAUCGAUUAUCCACCGAAUCGUUGUUUUUUAUUUUCUACUUUAUGGAGGGAACUAAAGCACAAUAUUUGGCGGCUAAGGCUCUGAAGAAGCAGUCGUGGCGUUUCCACACGAAAUACAUGAUGUGGUUCCAGAGGCACGAAGAGCCCAAAACAAUCACCGAUGAAUACGAACAGGGAACAUAUAUAUACUUCGACUACGAGAAGUGGGGCCAACGCAAGAAAGAGGGCUUUACCUUCGAGUACCGAUACUUAGAAGAUCGUGAGUUGAAUUGAAAACUGAUUCGCCUUUUCAUCAAUUUGUUAAUAAAGAAAAUUAUUCGCGUUUCUAUUAUUCAAUCGAUUGAUAAGAGUUUUUUUUGUUAAACAAAAACAAAAACCAAAUUUAUGAGAAUCAAUAGUUUAUUUCAUUCAUUCAAAACAGUGGUGACAUUAAUGACAAACAAAAACACGACUCAAAAUUUGUUUAUCUCUCUAUCCCUCCCUCUCUCUCCUCGACUGUACUAUCGAUACCGACAGAAAGUAGAGUGUAUUUAAACGAAUCGUAAAAUUACUGUAAACUUUAAUUUGUAUUUAAUUUCGCUGCGAGAGUUGAUGGAAAGUGUGCUGUCUUUCAACAACAAAGUGAAGCACUUAAUAGUUAUUUUUGGAUUUGUUUCACUCGACAAUUAGUAAAUAAUAUUUAUGUUUUUCGCCUCCAGUAUUGACAGUAGUUUUUAUAGGCAUUUAAAUUAGAGCCCAAAUUAGAUUUUUUAGUCUCAAUUGUUUUGCCACAAAAGAAAUUGUUUUUUUUGUU